AUGGCAUUACCACGCAGUAGUCCAAUCCACUCUAAUCGUGCAUUUCAAUUUUAUUUCCGGUUCCAUUGUAAUCUUGUACAGGUUAAAAUAGUAAGAACGAUACAGAAACUUGGUCUAGGCCGUGGUGGAUUUUAUAAGACAGGACCGAGGCGGGCAUUGAUGGGUCUUGGCCUGACUUGGGAACCUAUAAAAUAUAAGUAUGAAUUUCAAAGAUCAGUUGAUGGUAGUGAGACACAACCUAUUCCUCUGUAUUUAAGUUUUUUGGUUAAAAGAUCACUCCAAGAUGCUUAUCCCAUAUUGAGAAAGGAUCGUAACGAAAGCAAAGAGAGUCUACGUAAAGGAUUACCGGUUGUGUCUUUUUCUAAUGGUGAUUCAGGAGAGGUCCUGUAUGGAGAUGCUAGGGAUGAGUAUGCAGCAGAGAACAUUAUAUUGGAAUCAGGAGAUUUGCUGAUAUUCGGUGGUAAAUCAAGACAUAUAUUUCAUGGUGUGAGACCUGUCAUACCAAAUUCUGCGCCAAAAGAAUUGCUUGAAGAAAUUGGGCUUCGUCCAGGCCGUCUGAAUUUGACCUUCAGGAAAUAUUAGAAUUGUUCUCUAGGUAGCUUCCUAUUUAAGUUAUUUUCUGCUGGACAAUUCUUUUAAAAUGUUUUUUCUUUGUCUCUCUAAGACUUAAAAAAAGAUUCUAAGAGCUCUUCGGCCUUUGUUCUUUUUUAAUAAACAAGUGUAGCUUCUUAGAAAGGCCGUAUAAAAAAAUUAAAAAAAAAAAAAAAGUAAAAGUAAAAGUUAUCCGGAAUAGAGUUUUAUACUAUUAUCACAUUAAAUAUAAUUAACAGAAGACCAUUUAUUCAAUGAGACACAACUUUAUUUUCUA